AUGAAUACUGACUACUCACCCGUUCCUUUGGGGAGGUCUGACUCCCGUCGGUCUUUCGAAGACUUGAACUCCAUGACCGAUUCUUUAACAUUGCAUUCCUUUUCUCUACACUCGGAUUUAUCUGUGUCAGAUCCCGUCGGCGAUACCGAUUCAAAUGACCUACAAGACUUGUUGCCAAGAAAUGACCAAGCUUUUGGAAAUAAUAUAGACCAACUAACUCAACCAGAAUCACCAUUUUUUAAAAAUGCAUCACUUAUGUUUGGCCUUAACUCAAACUUUUUCCCAAUCCUUGAAAGAAAUACACUUGUGAAUUAUAUCAUUGACUUGGAUAAUUACAUGAUAGACUAUGACAGAAUUGGCUUUUGUUUUGAACCAGAAAUUGUCCCAAUGACAACAUGGAGUGGUGAAGAUCUUAUCAAUGAAAUACCCCGACUAUCUAUCUUUUUAUCUGACUUUCGAAACUACUUUUUAGACAAAAACAGCCACCCUAAUGGACAAGCUUUACUCUCUUCUGUCGCCAGCAAAGCGUUUCUUGAAAAUGACCCAGAUACCCGGCCUUUACAAUGGCUAGUUACUCCAGAAGAAUAUCUGAAAUUUUGCAAUAGAAUACGAGAGUUUAUUUGUUUGAUGGAAUCUAAACAACCACUGGAAAAUCUUAUUGGACCUGUCCCGGAUUUGACCAAAAUCAAUUGCUGCCCUAAUGGCCAUGUAGCUUACUGGGGGCCAUAUGCCAAUGCAUUAAGCUGCCCUGCUUGUGGCAAGGCAAAAGAUAAUGGUGCAAUGUUUUUUAAUGGCGUAAUUUUAAAAUUAACAAAGAUGCUCAUGGAUAAGGAUUCAGCUAUCUUGCUACGUACGGGCCCUGGAGCAAGUCCUGAUCCUGAAAUCAUUGAUGACUUUGUUAAAGGUUCAAGUUUUGAAAGAAAUUUCCCCAAAGAUAUUAAUGGUGACGACGAUUCAAUCAACAUUUUUUUAACUCUGAGUGUCCAGAAUGAUGAUAACUUUCAAAAUAAUCCAUACAGGUAUACUAUUGUCACUGCUCGGAUUCUCAAUCUUGCCCCGACAGAACGUAGUCUUUGUGAAAACGAGAUUCAGGUAUUGAAUUUCCCAACACCUGACCCUGUAGACUACAAAGAACCUCAAGACAAGUACAACAAAUUUGAAGAGGGAGAAAAAAUACCUCCAGAAUCUACUGAUUCUUCAAUCUUUUAUUCAAUAAUUAACGAGUACUUUGAAAACCUAAGACGAUACGGCUUUUUGGCUUGGGACGCUAGUAAGGGGGAAAAAGUGAGAGUUAAAGUUUUCCUUUUUGCAGUUUUCGGGAAUGAACCUAUGGUCAGAAGAAUCUUUGGAUGCAGCCAGGAUACUUCCAAGCAUUGUGUUUGCUGUGAUAGAGAUAAAGUUUAUAGCUUGGUUAACAAUGAUUCUUUGGUCAUUGCUGGAAGCCCAAGUUUUUACAUUCCCUUGACAUUUGAAGGACAAUUCCCUCCGAUAAACUUUUAUAAUAAUGACUGGUAUUCCCGGGACGUACUACCCAGAAUUAUAAUACGUAAAUCUGCAAUAGCUUGCCAUCCCUACAUUGCUGGCCCAGAAAAUAUUCGAUUGGGGUUCCGCACAUACUUUGGAUUUUGCACUAAUUCUAGUUUGGAUUUCCCCCUUUCUUUCCCAUUUGAUAGUAUGGACACUUUUUACAAAAAACUUGUUUGUGAUUUGAUUUCAAUAUCAUUAUCUCCACAUAGAGACCUUGAUUAUGAAAACCGUGACGAGUUUAUUUUUAAUCAAAAACAAAGAAAAAGAUUGAAGGAUAUUCUAACGUCUCAAGAAGUUAGACUUAUUGUAAAUAGGUUAUCUUCUUUUUCUACCAAUGACAAGGAAACUUUUAAUAGUCCUUCAAGUUGGGAAGAGUUGGUGAAUGGCAAAUACGAUAACCUUACAUUAUGUCAAUAUCAGGCUCUUGCUUAUUUAUUCCCAAUGCUUUCCCAUCAGUUUUUUAUUCACCGUAUUGAAGAUGGAACCUCUCCUGAGUUAUUACAACUCUGGGAUAUAUUUGCUGAUUUUGGGUGUAUUAUUCGACUAAUCACUGCUCAUUCUUUCAAGAAAUAUUAUCUCUCUCAGCUUGAUAUUUCGAUUUCAAAGCUUGUUUUUGAAUUUGAAACAAUCUUGACUCAUUCCGGGAGGGACAAUAUUCACCUUUGUACUCCAGUGGUUCAUUCGCUUCUCCAUACAGUUGAUUAUAUCCGUAACUUGGGCCCACUUUACGGAUUUGAUUCUUCUAAACCAAAAAAACAGUAUCAACCAAACAAUAAAACUUAUUUGACUAUGGAUAAUAAUGAUGUCUUCACCUUGGUUCAAGCUGAUAAGGAUUUGAAGAUUGCAGUAUUGGAAAGUGUGUUGCCUCCUAUUGCAGAUCGGUUUAUUACUGGAGGAAAUGAGUUUCACAUUUGGAACUAUAACCAUGUGACUGGUAAUUUACCAGAAGCAAAUACAAGUUCAUUCCAUGAAUAUAAUAAUAAAUAUGAGGAACAAAUUUUGACAACUUUAAAAGAAGUUGCUCAAAAAAGAAAUUUAACAAUUUCCUGGAAUGAAUUUUCUUUUGAAGAUCAUACUGCCUACAAUUACGUUAGAUUUUCAAUAGGCCAAUACGUAACUGUACCUGAAGAUAUCGUUCGUGUUUGCUUCCCCCCAGAAAGCGAUAAUGGUAAUGAUUUUUACUUUUAUGCUCAGUUCAUGAAGGGCAUUUCCUUUACUGUUUGGUGCAUUGAUACCCAUGGUCAAUCAUAUAAAGAGACAAUCGACUUGGCGUUGAUCAGACAAUUAAGACAUGAUUCAGAAACAAGCACCCGAAUCGAGUUCAAAUCUGACUUGCCAUACCAUCGCCAGCUCUUUUCUUUUUUUGUCAAAAAGGGCGACGAAUCAGACAUAUUUUGCGAGUCCAUGGUUGUUCCCCUCACCAAUCUUGCCAACCCUGUGACCACCAUCAAACUCCCCUCUGCAUCACCUUUGGAGUCCCGAAAAUUUCUCAGCAUACCACUUCCCCUUGGUGAAUUAUUUUCAUCAUCUGCGAAUCGGGUACGCACAGCUUAUGGCUUACCACAAAAGGCCUGGAUUCGGCCCGACAAGCCGUGCUUAUACUCAAAGAAGGGCGAAUUCUGGUACCUGAUAGAUUUAUAUGUGUGUGGCCGAUGCUACUUUUUAGACGGAAUUCAAGAAGAUGUGAUGACAAGACCUCUGGAUAAGGACGUUAACGCGGAACUUAAAAAGUCAGUUCCUGCUUUCAUGCAGUGCGAUGGUACUAAAGAAAAAAGAUACAGAGCUGUUCAUCCUCAUGAGUUUUAA